AAGCAUUAUCAGAUAGUGAUGUUGUGGUGGAAGCAUCCUGUAAUAGUGGUUGUGACGCAUUACGAGGUGGUGGUGCUGUAGAAGCAUUAUCAGAUGGUGAUGUUGUGGUGGGAGCAUCCAACACUGACA